UGUAGCAGCAGUUUUUCGGGGAUUCUGGUAAAUUGCAACACUUCUGGCACCAGGCUUCACCCUUAACAUCCUUGUUCCAGCGCCAGCGAAUGUAGCCAUUCUCCGGGGUCCACUGGGACCUUUGCUGUGAGGAGGCCACAUAGCCUCCCAGCAGGGUAUCCACCUCUCUCCAUGUGGCCCAAGAACCCCUCGGACGCGCUAUCUGCUGGGGAUUCGUCCUUCCCACCAGAGCACCACCAGAAUCUGCUGUUGGCUAUGUUCUCCACGGAGCUUUGUUUCUAGCUGUUCUCUGACAAAGGGCUUGUUCUGUGCAGCACAGCUCGUCCUCUUUGUACAGCCUCUGGCUUCAACCACUGAAUCACAAAUAUUCUCCAGCUGGGAAUCAAGCAAGGGCAGACAUGAACCCAGAAGCCCAACAGGAUGUUUCAGUUUCCCAGGGAGUUCGCAUGUUGUUUUACAUGAUGAAGCCCAAUGAAACGUCAUUCCAAACACUGGAAGAGGUACCCGAUUAUGUGAAACAGGCAACUCCAUUUUUCAUUUCCUUAAUGCUUCUUGAACUGGUUGUCAGCUGGAUUCUCAAAGGGAAGGCACCAGGUCGUUUGGAUGAUGCAUUAACAUCAAUGUCAGCCGGCAUUCUUUCUCGGCUUCCAAGUUUGUUUUCCAGAAGCAUCGAACUGACCACAUACAUUUAUAUCUGGGAGAACUACAGGCUCAUCAUUUUGCCUUGGGAUUCUCCAUGGACUUGGUAUUUAACUUUCUUAGGAGUUGAUUUUGGCUACUACUGGUUCCAUCGCAUGGCCCAUGAGGUUAAUAUUAUGUGGGCUGGACACCAAACCCACCACAGUUCUGAAGACUACAACUUAUCCACAGCACUGAGGCAAUCUGUUUUCCAAAUAUAUACUUCCUGGAUAUUCUACUCUCCCUUGGCCCUCUUCAUACCGCCUUCAGUAUAUGCUGUUCAUCUUCAAUUCAAUCUUCUCUACCAAUUUUGGAUCCACACAGAGAUCAUUAAUAACCUUGGUCCUUUGGAACUGAUUCUUAAUACUCCUAGCCAUCAUCGGGUUCAUCAUGGCAGAAACCGUUAUUGCAUUGACAAAAAUUAUGCUGGCGUUCUUAUUAUAUGGGAUAGAAUUUUUGGGACAUUCGAGGCAGAAAAUGAAAAAGUUGUAUAUGGUCUAACGCAUCCCAUUAAUACAUUUGAACCAUUCAUGGUGCAGUUCCACCAUUUAGUUUACAUAUGGACUACAUUCUGGGCCACACCUGGAUUCUUCAAUAAGUUUUCUGUCCUAUUUAAAGGACCAGGAUGGAGUCCAGGUAAACCAAGACUUGGACUAAGUGAAGAAAUCCCAGAGGUCACCGGGAAAGAAGUUCCCUUUUCAUCAUCGGUGUCUCAUCUAUUGAGGAUAUAUGCAGUUGUACAGUUUGCUUUGACGCUAGCAUUUUAUGAAGAGACCUUUGCAGAUAAAGCUUAUAGUAAUGCCACUGGAACAAUUACAAAUACUCCAUACAUCUUCUACCAGUGAACUACAAGAAAGAAGUCUACUUGAAGUAGGUUAUUGAGUGUGUUAGGUGGGACUCACUGCUUGUAUGUGACAGAUGCUCAACCCAGGGUAAAUUUAUUAACUCCUAUAACUGAAGAGUUCGGACUAUUUCUUCUUCAGGCAGUGCUGAUGCAAUGAGUCAAAUAAUGUUACCAGGAGCUUUCUCAUUUUUCUUUGUAGCUGUGCUUUUCUCAGUGCAGAUUCUCCUAUAGACUCAGCCUUCAUGGUGACAAGAUGGCUACCAGCAGCUCUAGCUUUAAAUGCCACCAAACAAAGAACUGCAGAAAUUAAGGACACAAGUUGGAGUCUGAUGUUAUGGUUUGGUUCAUCUGGUUGUCCCUGAACCAGUCAGUGUUAUCAUUCCAUUAAUGGGAGAACAGGGUCUACUCCACAGGAUCCUCAUGGUCAGUGAAGAAGAAAGAAUGGCUUGAAAGAAAAUUUACUAGAUGAUAGUAUAUAGGAAAAAGGAAAUAAAAUUAAGUAGACGAAAGUAACAAAUGUUAGAUAUCUAUAAAUCCUUCUCACUGAUAAAUAUAAAUAUAUGAUUUAAAUUUUUUUUCAAAAAAAUGUGCUUUAAACACUUAUAAAAUACAUGAUAAUAUAUAAACUUUCUUGCAGGAUACCUUCACUUAAAUUGUCUAUGGCAUGAGUGUCUUUUAGAUAUCUGCUGCUCUGAGAAACAGAAUAUCCAAUUAAAUAUGUCUUAAAUAUAACUGGAAAUUUAGAGGCAAGUGUUCCUGGGAUUUGUUAGUUCACCAGUUCAGACAUGCAGAGCUUCCAAAAAGUCUUCUCUAUAAUUCUCUUGACUUUCAUCAUCAUAAGAUAAUUACAGAAACUUCAGGCAUCCUGUAUUCACAGGCAGCAAGUUCACUUCUUCUAGAACAUCUUGUAAAUUUCAUUUUAUUGAGGAAGGAGGAAAAAAAGCCCCAGAAUAUUUUCCAGCAAAUAUUCUUUCAUGUCUCAUUAUUCAAGACUAAUUCACAUGUCCACACUGAACCAAUAACUAAUACCAGCUCAUGAAUUAACCAUGAAUGAAUUAUACCAAGCAUAAUUUAUUCCCUGGGGAUAAAGAGCUCACUUUCCCCUUGAGCACAUUACUUCCUUAUACCUGCACAAAAUCAGCAUAGUAUUAGAACAGAAGAAAUGGCAGAUAUUUUCUGGCUGAGCAACCAAUAGUAUGUGUCUGGGUAUUCUGCUAAUAAAAUAGAUUUACCAAAAGUAAUUGUAGCCAUUACUAGAUUAUAUAUUAAGGAAGGCCCAUUUUACCUUUUAUCAUUAUUGAAAGAAUUUACUAAUUGGUAUUAUUCAUACAUGUUUGUGUUUUUUUUUACAUUUAAAAUUAAUAACCAAACACUGUUACAAGUAGUGACAAUAGAUAAGUUCAUAUGUACUCUUUGUCCAAAAACAAUGACUUUUAAAAACCUACAGGAAAAUAUUUAAUAGACUUUACUGAUUAUAACAAAAAACAAUGAAUUCUAGUUUCCAUUUUGUUAUCUUAGUUUUUUUUACCUAAACAAUUACUGAAAUAUGUAUGUAUUAAUAGUUUUCCAUGGUUGAAUGAAACCAGAAGAAAAGCUACAUCAUCCACAUCUAAAUAUCUAACUCUUGAUAUAUGUAUCACUGUCGAGCAUAGUUUGUGUUAAUCAAACUUUUUUUAGUUGUG